AAUUGGCCCCGGAAUCAGAAUAUUGUCCGACAAACUCUACGCCUCGUCCAUACCAACCCUUCGUUUUCUCUGCCGCCGCGCCGCGAUGCGCCAUUCCCCGCAACGAUAAUGCAGAACUCACCUAGAAAACCAGAGGUCGAUGCGAAGAGACGCAGAAAGGCCAGACCCGAGAAGAAGGAAAAGAGCAAUGGAUUCGAUGAAGUUCUCCAGACCGAUAUCGACCAGCUUCUGAGCAAGAACCGGCCGGAGGACGCAGACCCCAAUGCCAAACCAGUACUGCCAGAGCAAUUCACAGAGAUUGAAGUGAGAAUCUCUGUGCUGUCAUCAACUGGCGAUGGUCUUGCGCUGUCUGAAAAUUUGGACCAUGUCUAUGUGGUUCCAUUCUCUGUCCCCGGAGAUAAAGUCCUGAUCAAAGUUGUCAAGCAUUUCCCCUCCUUAUCCUAUAGUACGGCAGAUUUCCUCAAGGUGGUUGAGCCGGGCUCCCAGCGAGACGACGCCCAGAUUGGAUGCGGGUAUUUUGGAAAAUGCUCUGGUUGCCAGUUGCAAAUGAUGCCGUACGAAGCACAGAUGGCCCACAAGAAGCGCAUUGUGGAAAAGGCAUUCGCAAACUUCUCCGGCCUGAUUCCUGAGCUGAUCCCGGAAAUUGGGGAGACAUUUCCAUCGCCCAUGCAGUAUGGAUAUCGCACAAAGUUGACACCGCAUUUCGCGGGCCCUGCUGGUGCCAAACGGAGGGGCCCUAAGCAAGCCCACACGGAGGUACCCCCGAUUGGGUUUACCUACAAGAACCGACGCAACGAUCUGGAUAUUGAAGAUUGUCCGUUGGGUACAGACAUUGUGCGGCGCGGACUCAAGAGUGAGAGGAAGAGGGUCGCAGAAAACAUUGGCAAGUACACCAAGGGCGCAACGCUUCUGAUGCGCGAGUCUACCACUCGAGUCCCCAAAGACGGCAGCAGCACCGCCGAACUAGCCGUCGAGAAGGAGGACGUGGUAGAGAACAAGAAAGGGGUUCCAAAGGAAUCAGGAGACGUGAUACGCACCGAGCGCGACAACUACAUCGAGGAAAAGAGAUGUGUAACGGACCCCAACGCAACCUCGAUUGAGUACGUUGACGACUACAUCUUCACGAACAAGGCCGGCGCCUUCUUCCAAAACAACAACUCCAUCCUCUCCGGCUUCACAGAGUACAUCCGCGAGAAUGCCAUGCCCAAGAGCAAUGACCAAGAUCCCAAGCCGAUCAAAUACCUUCUCGACGCCUACUCCGGUUCCGGUCUUUUCACUAUCACCCUCUCCCCGCUGUUUAAAUCGAGUUUGGGUGUUGAUGUGGCUGGCGACUCGAUCGUUUCCGCUCGCGAUAACGCCCGCGAAAAUAAUCUCCCCAACACCGGAUUCGCAGCUGCGGACGCCGCAACUCUCUUCAAAGACCUGCCGUACCCCCCCGACCAGACUCUCCUCGUCAUCGACCCAUCCCGCAAGGGCUGCAGCGAUGACUUCCUCCGCCAGUUCCUGGCCUUUGGCCCUCGCCGUGUUGUCUAUGUUAGCUGCAAUGUCCACACCCAAGCCCGUGAUAUCGGCGUCAUGGUCCAAGGCGAUGAGCAACUGAAGAUCAGAUAUGAAAUUGAGAGUAUCCGGGGCUUUGAUUUCUUCCCCCAGACCGGCCACGUUGAAGGUGUGGCUAUCCUGAAUAAGGUGGCAAUCCCUGAAGCUGCAUCUUGA